AAGUGCUCGCUGCCCGUUCUCGGACCGAGUGAAGCGCCGGCGCGGCCGCCUGCCCGCGUCCUCCUUCCCGCGGCCCUCGGGAGACCGCGCUCGGCCGCAGCGGAGCCGCGAGUUACAGAAUGUCUGAAGGGGACAGUGUUGGCGAGUCCGUCCACGGGAAGCCUUCUGUGGUAUACAGAUUUUUCACAAGACUCGGACAGAUCUAUCAGUCCUGGCUAGACAAGUCCACACCGUACACAGCCGUGCGAUGGGUGGUGACACUGGGCCUGAGCUUCGUCUACAUGAUUCGAGUUUACCUGUUGCAGGGCUGGUACAUCGUCACCUACGCCUUGGGGAUCUAUCACCUAAAUCUCUUCAUAGCUUUCCUUUCUCCAAAAGUGGAUCCUUCCUUAAUGGAAGAUUCAGAUGACGGCCCCUCGUUACCAACCAAACAGAAUGAGGAGUUCCGGCCCUUCAUUCGCAGGCUCCCAGAGUUUAAAUUUUGGCACGCAGCGACCAAGGGUAUUCUUGUGGCCAUGGUCUGUACCUUCUUUGAGGCGUUCAAUGUCCCAGUGUUCUGGCCCAUCUUGGUGAUGUACUUCAUCAUGCUUUUCUGUAUCACGAUGAAGAGGCAAAUAAAGCACAUGAUCAAGUACCGGUACAUCCCGUUCACACACGGCAAGAGGACGUACAAGGGGAAGGAGGACGCGGGCAAGACCUUCUCGAGUUAGAUGCUGGGCUGGACCCGCCACGCGGAGUCCGAGGACGGUUUUGAGCCAUUGUAACAAUGCCUUCUUCACAUAAAGUAGUUGGUUACGAGGGAGUCCAAUUUUCUUUUUAAAAAGGAGCUUCAGUGAUUUGUAAUGGAGAUAUCAGGUUCUUGAAGAAACUGGCAUUUAAACCGAAUUGCAUUGAUUUAUUUUUCAGUGACGUUCACGUGUUCAAACGGAUGGAAUUCUAGUAAACCGCAGGCCGGGCAGACGUGGGCGGGGGCUUGGGGUGGGCGGGCAGGCAUGGAGUGCACCGUGGAGCGAGCCCAGAACCGGGUUGCACCCCAGUUGCCGCCUUCCCGAGGACGCUGGUGGUCUCGCCCCUGCCUGAGGACGAUGCUGGCCUGCUGCCUGUGCUUGAAGGAGCUCAGCACCUGAGGGCGGUUCCGGUGACUGGGUUCGAAUGCCAGUUUCCCCAUUUCAUCUCACCAGAGAUGUCUCAAGUUGGCCUCUAUCAUAAUGACUCAAAACUCUGUUCUUAACUACCAUGAUUGCUUUUGAGGGCCUGGAAUUAUAAAUAUAUAUAUUAUAUUUUGAUUGUUUGA